AUGUCUGUGUUCACGGAUGUGCCCCUAGCCCAGAAGCUAGAAGGCAGCUUGCUGAAGACCUACAAACGAGAUGACCACACUAACAAGAUGUUCCUGGCCUAUAAAGAACCGCAUGGACUCUUCUUCCAGGACAUGGGCUUUACAGUUUAUGAACACACCUUCUGGGACUCCGCAUGGCUGUGCUUGGACCCCAGCAUGCUCCUCGAUGUGGUGGAGCAGGCCCCGCAUGGCUGUAUCUUCGUGAUCGGGAACAUCGGCAACUGCAAGCUGACACAAGGUCAGUGGACACAGUUGAUGGUCCUCAUGAAGAGCAAGCAGAUCUUUCCAUUUUUUUUGGCUCUGGCUCCCAACCCCGAGGAGGUAAUAAGCACCCAGAGCAGGGCCCAGAGGGAGGCUGCUGGGGCCCAGAGGAGCCUCCGGGGUCCGCGCGCCCGGAGCCAACUGUACCGCCUGCGCCUUGCGGAGAAUCAAGAGCUGCAGAACUGCGUCCCCUCUGAGCAGAUAGUCCUCUGCGCGGAGGGGAAAGCUUGCUCACCGUGGGGCUGGUGA